CUAGUUUCCUUCUAAUCAGUGAUUAAACGUAUCGAAAUGUGGCAUUUUCGGGCGUGAAAAGUAUUCUAUGUUGUUUUGUUUAGCUUUAUCAAUCUACUUAGACAAUUGUCCUAGUGUCUUCAUUAAAUUAGAGCAUUGUUAAGUAUCAAAUUUAUUCGCACAUCACUAUGAAGGUAGCUGUAAGCAUAGCAAUCGGCGCGACAGUUCGUUUUCUGCUUAUGAACUCGCGCUAUUCCCAGGCGAUACAGAAUCGGGUCGAAGUUUCGACGCCAAUAAAUGCAUGGAAAAGAGUUGAAGAAGGAGCUUAUCUUCACGCGAACGACAUCAACCCGUACGAUGGCGACGUUUAUCACAGCAAUCCGUUGAUCCUGCUGUCCACCAGGUGGUUACUAGCAAACGUGCCUGGUGCCAUUCCAUCUCUCUUCAUCCUGCUCGACGUGUUGAGCGGGAUACUGCUCCUAUUGGCCGCUCGAGUGUUUAUUCGCGAAAUGUACGAAAAACAACGCAAAGAAAUGGCUACCUACGCAAAGGAUACUGAAGAACUGCAUCUAGUCGAGGCGGACCUAUAUUCCGUGCCAAUGUCGGUGGCUUUUGCCUACCUGUUCAAUCCCUACGCCAUCAUGAACUGUGUCGGACAGACAACGACCGUGUGGAGUAAUUUCCUACUGUCCGUCUUUUUCUACGGUCUCUCGCGGCAAAAUCGGUUGCUGACGUUCGUUGCUCUGGCGCUGGAAACGCAGGUCAAUCUGUAUCCAUUUGUGCUAUUGGCUCCCGGAGCACUGCAUAUAGCCAACCGAGGAACAGCGGAGGGUCAGAGCCGGUUUCGCAGUUUGGCUGGAUGCUGCGUGAUGUUUGUGAUCAUAUUUUUAGGUGUAAACUAUGUCAGCAGUUGGCUGAUGGGAGGAGAUUGGAGUUUUCUCGAUGCCACCUACGGGUUUAUAAUCAACUGCCGAAGUCUGCAGCCUAACAUCGGUCUCUUCUGGUACUUUUUUACCGAAAUGUUCGAUCACUUCCGGACACUGUUCCUGUACUCGUUCCAGAUCAACGCGACGCUAUUGUAUUUAUUUCCGCUCACGUUCAAACUGCACAAGGAACCGAUCAUGCUGGCAACGAUGCUAAUCGGGCUGGCGUCCGUUUUCCGAUCGUAUCCUUGCGUUGGGGACGUCAGUUUCUAUCUUGCCCUAAUCCCUCUCUGGAAAUCGAUUUCUUUGUUUAUGAAGAACAACUUCAUCGUCGGCGCAACGAUUCUGGUCACGAGCGUACUAGCACCGACCGUGUGGCACCUUUGGAUCUACAACAAUUCCGCCAAUGCCAACUUUUACUUUGGUGUUACGCUCAUUUUCUGCACCGCACAGAUUUUCCUCAUCACCGACCUCUUCUUCGGUUACAUCAAGCGAGAGUUUUGCCUGAAGCACGGAAUCCGUGUGCUAGUCGACGGUAAGGAAGCACGAAUUACGCUGGAGUAUUAGCGGCAAAGAAACAAGUCACAUCAACGCGGCCCUUUGCGGAACGUGUAAAAGUUCUUUAACAAAAAUAGGAUAGAUAAGCUGAAGACAAAUCUAGAAUAAAAUUAAACUAAUAUCACCUUUCGAACGCCAAACUGAAUUUCGAAGAGUCGAUCAAAUAGAUUGGUUGUUGUUAACCCACGUUCAUUUUCUUUGGCCAUGCUGAAGCUAAACUAGGUAAAGCACCAUUCCAUGUCUUUAUUUUUUUGCUCACAAUUCUUGUUUAUUGAUUUCAAUAAAAAGUUUUGCAUUUUUGCAUAAUUUUA